AAAGCCGAGGCGUAGCGUUGAGAGAGCAGCGCGAGCACCGGAGAUCAGCAGGGGCAUCACUCGUCACAACAUCCAGCCUCUCAUCCGCCCUCGCUCCAUUUUGUCGGGGUUUUUUAUCGUUUAAGUCUAAAUCGUAUUGAGCGACAGGACCCGAGGCUUUUGUUAGCCCGUGACGGGGGCAGUUACUGUUGCCCCUCAGUGGGGGAGCGCGCUAUCAUCUUUCGGUUAUUUGGGAGGCAAUACCGCGACCCCUCAACCUGUUUUCUUUAACAGUCGAUUUUAGCUGCGUUUUUUGAGCAGUCUCGCAUCUUUGUAGACCGGAGGAUUUGGAUUUUUUUAACAACCGCUUUGCGGCUCUUUGUGUGGCAUCAGCUUCGUGUCCCUGUUGCAGCCAGCGUUCCCCGAAGUUCCGCACUCCAGAAACAUGUGCUCCCGGGUGUGGUUCAUCACUGACCGGCGGAUCAGCCAGGAGUAUCCGCAGAUCCAGAUCCUGCGGGCUCUGAAGGAGCGCUGCGUCGAGGAUGAUGUUGAAUUCCGCUAUCUACUGAUGGAUGAGAUCGUCCUGACCAUCACCGACGGCCAGCUCGGUCUGCGGGUUGGGCAGGAGAUUGUUACCUCAUACCCGCAGGUUGCUGUGGUGCGCGUUCCUACCCCAUGGGUCCAGUCGGACAGCGACAUCACAGUCCUGCGUCACCUGGAGAAGAUGGGCUGUCGUCUGGUCAACCGCCCUCAGGCUAUUCUCAACUGUGUCAACAAGUUUUGGACCUUCCAGGAGCUCGCUGGGCAUGGAGUCCCUCUGCCAGACACGUACUCGUAUGGAGGACAUGACAACUUCCGCAAGAUGAUUGAUGAAGCUGAGCCGCUGGGUUACCCUGUGGUGGUGAAGAAUGCUCGCGGACAUAGAGGUAAAGCCGUGUUCCUGGCCCGGGAUAAGCACCAUCUCUCUGACCUUUGUCAUCUGAUUCGCCAUGAAGCCCCAUACUUGUUCCAGGAGUAUGUGAAGGAAAGUCACGGUCGAGAUGUGCGGGUGGUUUUGGUUGGCGGGAGAGUGAUCGGCUCUAUGCUGCGCUGCUCUACUGACGGACGCAUGCAGAGCAACUGCUCACUAGGUGGGGUGGGAAUGAUGUGCCCUCUCAGCGAGCAGGGGAAGCAGCUGGCCGUGCAGGUGUGUAAUAUUUUGGGGAUGGACGUCUGCGGAAUUGACCUGCUGCAGAAAAAUGACGGUUCUUUUGUAGUGUGCGAGGCCAAUGCCAACGUGGGCUUUAUCGCGUUCGACCAGGCCUGCGGAAUGGACGUGGCGGGCAUCGUGGCAGACUUUGUGCUCUCCCUCCUGCCUAGCCGCCUCAGCAGGAAGAUGUCGCUGCUCUCUGUGGUCUCCAGCACCAGCGAAACCAGCAGCGAGCCCGAGGUGUGCAUCCCCACUGAGGUGAUCAUCCCCUCAGAGGUGUGUAUUCCCAACGAGAUCUGCCCACUCGGCACUACCUGUCCCAUUCCGGACGCCAUGUCCACCAUGAGCACAAGCUCCACCUCCAGCGAGAGCGAGGCGGAUCUAACCGAAACGGGUCCCACCCCUGUUGGCGCAAACCCCGCCUACAAUAUCAACUCCCUCCUCGCUAGUGAGAUGAAACUGUUGACUGAGUGAGCUGGAAUCACAGCCACAAACGCACACACUUACAAACACAUCAUACACACGCAUUCAAGAGCGACACACUUACUCAAAGUGGACAUUUAUACAUACACAUUCACAUGUGUAAUCAUACUAACCCUCCCUGUAAACCCGCACCUGAGGCUGCUCCCCUGAUGUUUCUUCUCCAUUGACAAACUAUAGAAUCAUACAGCGCAGUUUUGGAAGCACACUAGAUGGUGUAUACCUUCCAGCCUGGCUGUAGUGCACCAGCUGAAUAUGCAUUUGCCACUAUUUGAAGGUGCAUGCACUAUAGAGUGGUUUUAUCAGGACAAGAUUCCCAGAUGUAACCUUUCAGCCAACUGGAUUCUGAUGUACAUUCAUAUUGUGGGUUUUAGGGUACAAACACACUGACAUACACAUUAAAGUCUGUAGUAUAGAGAGCGAGAAGGAAUGAAUGAAUGAAUUUUUGUCUGUUACUUGUGGUAAAGCCUGGCUGAAGGUAUAACGCAUUGCUUGGGGCAAGAGUAAAAACACAAUGGACCCAAAUAUCAACUGCCCACCAGGAUAUACAAAGGCACAUACCUCCUUGCCCUCAAAAUGACCCCCCCCCAACACACAUAUAUAGAGGGACAGAAAGAACAAAAACUGGAAAGCUGUGAAUAUUUUCAUUCAUCCCCACUCUUUUUAAAGCAUGAGUGAGUUAUUUUAGUCUGUUGCAAAGGCUGCCUGUAGUAAAUGAAUUACUGCUGAUCAGACAAGUGUAAAGGUUUCAUUUGCUUUGCCGGUAAAAUUGAACGACUGAAGUGGCAACCGUUUUGAAUUACCCUCCCUAAUGGGUCAGCAAGGAUUUGGCCCUUAGGAACUUGACUCUCAUGUGCAUCAUCUGCUCGGUAAUUCUGUAAAUGAGGCGGCCAUUUUAGAACGUCCACCAUUUUAAAGUGGUUAAUGCACUUUGUUUACAGAUCAAUAAUCUGCUAAUGACCACAUGCCAGUCUGCAUGUCUGCCACCCCGAAAAGCAAACCUCCCACAUAUUAGAGAGUCUGACCGGUGAGUUGCUUAGGAAUAGAGCAAGUAGACUUUUAAAUACUAAUGUUUUUACCACAAGGGCUGAACGGUUUGCCAACACUAAGCGCUGAUGAUGAAUAAGCUAUUUGUCUUCAACGAUUUGUUUGUACAAAUUUACUGCAACAAUAAAACUGAUGUGUCAACUGAAAUGGGUGCUACAACUUCUCUUAAUUCAGCCCGGUGGUCGAAAAAAAGCCAAUCGUAACUCGAAAGAGAACCAGGAACUGUAUUGAUUUGAGCUAAAUAUACAUUCGCUGUAAUCUUUUGUUUAACGUAAGCAACCCGAUUUGAUCUGGAAUGUCUUAAAGUCCUGUAUUUGCAUAUCGAAAGUCUUACAGAUCACAAAACCUCAAGUGGACCAAACUCACGAUCCAAACCAGCUCGGAAUGGUUUACAGUGUUAGAUGCCGUAGAGUUUAGAUCAAUUGAAUGCGAGUUCGACUUUAGAUGAAAUCUAGUUUACAUUUUUAAAAUGCAAUAUAGAUUUAAAGUUUAGAGUUAACUCAGGGAAGCAGCCUUGAUCAAAUUCCUCUCCUUUGAAACAUGACACAUUCAUGCGAGACGGUCCUGCCUAUGUGUACCAAUAAACAGAAGGACAAAGCGUUAUACAAUAUUGAGAAAUAGAUGCUGUGAGACCAUGCUCUCUUGUUCGUUUUAUAAUUUUUUAGCGUUCUGAUGUCUCUUGUUGUCCUAAUUUAUAAUUAUUAUUUUUCUUUGUUAGCGGAAAAGGAAAAAUAAACUGGUUUAUUAGCGAAAAUCUUGCUUGGGGAGAGUCUGAAGAGUGACGAAGGAUUUUAGUGUGGGUUUGUCUGAACAGAUGUAGUUCACCUGAGACAUGCACACUCUUCACACCUCCACCCCCUCUCAAACGUUGUGAUUUGCCGUCUUGUGUGUGUGCGUGUGUGAUGUGAUCCAUCAGUCCACGCAACCAGAGACUUGCACCCUCAACCCACACAAGAACGAGUGUCCCUGAAAACUCUUGACACUUGGCAUUUGCUGUAACACGUCAUAUGGUCUCUACGAACUCUUACACACUCUGCCUCCACUUCCAGUAGAAUGCAACAGGAAGUUUCUUCACCCCUUAUGUUUAGCAUCAAACCUGUGUGACUCUAAAUCUCAGUUCUUAAUCAAACACAGAGUCUGACAGCAGCUCAGAAGCCCAAUAUGUCUUCAUCAGAUCUACAGGAGUGGAAAACACUGACUAUAUGAAGUAGAGCUCAUUCUCAUUGUCCUCUGGCUUAUGUGAGCUGCCGAUUAUUUUAGCGUCUCAUGUCUAAAAAUGACAAACAACAGUUGCUGCUAAUGAACACUUAGCUCUCUGGUAUGGAAAAGGGAAAUGUUUUAAGACUCAAUCUGUUCAUUGCUUCUUCUUUUCUCCUGUUUUUUAUUUUAGUGGGAAACUAAAUGCCAAAAACCAAGCAAUGUUGUAUAAUUUAAAACAAGAAAUUACUAGUGAUAGAACGCUAACGUUGAUGUUAUGUGUUAUUACGUAAUAAUACCGAUAAUACCAAUAAAGACAUUUUAAAAAUGUCCAAAACAUGAAA